UCUCCGCCACGUCAGCAAUGGCGAAAUUUUCCACGUCUCCCCCUCCCGGAGAAGACGACCGUUCAAGUCAAACCCGCCGCAAGCUCGACACCUCCGCACCGCCGCCGCGCGUCUUCUUCCCCCUCACGCCACUCCCACUCCAACCACGACCUCCCCAACCCUAGGCUAGCGGCUAGCCUCCUUGCCGCCAUGGGCACCCCUCUGCUCCCCCUCCUCGUCGUCCUCCAGCUGUUCACCGCCCCCUCCCCCGCGGCUGCGUCAGCGCACAUCUCCGCCGUCAUCUCCCAGUCGGGCCUCGACUUCGCCAAGGACCUGCUCGUGUCGCACGCCGCGGAGACGCUCACGCCCCUGAGCGUGCCGGACAUCGAGAAAUCGGCGAGCAUCCCGCUCGUCGGCACCGUCCGCAUGACCGCCUCCGGGAUCGUGCUCCACGGCCUCGCCGUCACCAACUCCACCGUCGCCGUCGGGGACACAGGCGUCGUCGUGGCCGCCACGCUUGCUAGAGCGAACCUCACCAUGGAGUGGAGCUACUCGUACAACGCCUGGGUCGUGACCAUCACUGACCGCGGGAAUGCCUCGAUUCAGGUUGAAGGAAUGGAGGUUGGGGUUUCCAUGGGCAUGAAGAAUCAAAAUGGAUCUCUCAAGCUGUCUGUUAUGGAAUGUGGCUGUUAUAUGAAGGAGUUAGACAUAACAUUAAAUGGAGGAGCAUCUUGGUUUUAUCAAGUGUUUAUUGAUGCUUUCAGCAAUCACAUCAGAACAUCAGUGGAAAAUGCGAUUACGAAAAAAAUAAUGGAAGGUGCAUUGAAGCUUGACUCGUUCCUCGGAAACCUUCCAAAGAAAAUCGAUCUUGAUAGUGUUGCUGCAAUGAAUGUUACUUUUGUUAACGAUCCAAUAUUCAAGAGAUCCUCUGUUGAGUUUGAUAUAGACGGCUUAUUUAUUCCAUCUGAUGAAACUGCUGUUCCGAGAGGCAUGCUUCUUGGGGACAUCAAAUUUGCAUUGCCUCUUGGGAGCUCCUCGAAAAUGCUUUGGAUUUCAUUGGAUGAAGAUGUUUUCAACUCUGUUUCAGCUCUCUACUUUAAGGCUGGUUUGCUGCAAAGGAUGGUAGACAAGAUUCCUGAUCAGUUUCUUUUGAACACUGCUAGCUGGAGGUUUUUGGUUCCUCAAUUGUAUCGAAAAUAUCCAGAUGAUAGUAUGCUAUUGAAUAUUUCUGCAACUUCACCUCCCUCUGUGAGGAUUAGUGUGGGCAGAAUUGAUGCCACAGUUGACUUAGAUGUCACAGUUAAUGUUUUGGAUUUUGGCAAGAUAGUUCCAGUUGCCUGCAUGUCAGUGUCAGUUGCUGUUUCUGGAGCCGCAGCAGUAUCAGGGAAUAAUCUUGGUGGAAGAGUGGACUUGGAUUAUUUCUCAUUUACAUUGAAGUGGAGCAAAGUUGGCAAACUCCACACUGUUCUAGUUCAGACUGUGCUGCGAAUUUUACUGAAAAACUUGUUUGUACCCUAUGUGAACUCAUAUCUCGAGCAAGGCUUCCAGUUGCCCAUCAUCAAGGGGUUCUCCGUCAGAGAUGCAUAUAUCCUCACUUCUUACUCAAAAAUGAUUGUUAGCUGCGAUGUCGCCUUCAUUGAACCAGAGGCCCUGUUCCUUGUCCAAACCCAAGGAAGAUUUCUUGUAUAAAGUAGGUUCAACAAAAUCGUGGCAACCAUCAUGGAACUAGUAGUGUAGCAAUGUAACAUAUCUUUUUAUGUAAAUAUAAUUAUGCAAUGUAUAUAUGUAGGUUUGAACAUGAGAAGUGGAUAGUUGUACUGCACCUAUCACUCUUUUCAGAUGAACAGCAAUCGGGGUGCAUGUACAUAAUACGCCCAAUUGUAUGUAAUCUUUUGGUUCUGUAAUUUUACCUGAAUUUCGCUUGUAACCACGAUAUGACCAGUCAAUACAGCAGCCUAUUGGUUUUUUUCUCUAA